GCAAUGACCACUACCCACUACACGGCGGAGCAACAACUCUCCGUCACCGUCGACUCGGUGGCUUCUUCGCCACGCUCCGAUCAUCCACCGUCAGACGGCCGUAUAUACGAUGAUACCACCGCACAAGCACGUGUUCGAUUCAUGUGCAGUUUCGGCGGGAAGAUAUUGCCACGUCCUCAUGACAACCAACUCCGGUAUGUUGGUGGCGACACCCGCAUAGUCACCGUCCUCCGCCACAACACCACCUUCUCCGCCCUACUCAACAAACUAUCCAAACUUUCCGGUACAAGUGAUAUAUGCGUAAAGUACCAGCUACCAAACGAAGACUUAGACGCGCUGAUCACAGUCACCAGUGAUGAAGACGUGGAAAACAUGUUGGAUGAAUACGACCGCUUGGCUCACAAUCACAAAACAGCUCGGCUUCGGCUCUUCCUUUUCCCGACUGACGCCUCACUCUCACGAGCCACUAGUAUCAGCUCGCUCCUUGACGGUUCCAUUAAACGUGAACACUGGUUUCUCGACGCGCUUAACGGCGGCGCCAGCUUGGAGCGUGGAAGAUCCGAAGUUUCUUCUAUUAUAUCCGAAGUACCCGAUUAUCUAUUCGGGUUGGACCAUACGGAUGAUACGAAACCCAAAACCCGACCCGGGGUUGUCAACGAUAAUGUCUCGGUUUCGGAUCCUGGAUCGCCCGCUCCACGGAUAUCAUCUCCGUAUUGCUCGACAUCAUCGUCGUUGGGACCCACUGUAGCUCCGCCGGUUCCGAAUCUUCGACCCGUUCGAACCAAACUCGAUAAUCCGAGUUCGGUUGUUACCGAGCCCAAAGAAACGGGUACCGAGCAUUUUAGUGAAGCUAACGAUCCGAUAAUUUUAAAGCAGACGGAAUACGCGGGUCAACAGAUGUAUUAUAUGCGUCGAACUUCUUCGCCAGCCCCGAUGCAGGAGAUGCCGGUUUAUUAUAUGCAACCACCGGGUUCGAUGCCUCAAGAAAACGUUCCGCUUCAGUCUCUUCCGAUUCGGGCUCAGUACGGUCAACAGUUUAUGACGCCUCAGGGUCAGAUAUUGCACCCUCAAGUGUCGAAUAUGGGUCAAAUGUACUCGGGAAUGAGGCCCGUUUCGGGUGGGGAGGCAUACGAGAUGCCGGGUAGAGGGGGUGGUGGGCCGGGCCAGCCCGUUUACUAUGGUCCAAGAUAUGUUGGAGUUCCAGGUUAUCCGGGUAUGGUUUUGCCGGGUGGGGAAGAAAUGAAGCAACCCGGAUCCGAAACAAAGAUGGGCCGGGCUCCUCAAUGAAGUGGGUACUCAUAAAUGGGCUACAUAUAUAGGCCCAUGUCUAAUAUAUUUAUGGUUUAGUUUUUUUUUUCUUUUGUUGACUUUGACCAGGUCAAAAUUCAUGGAGUGGUUUGCUUCUUUCUUUUAUAU